CUUCUAGAGCUCAGUUUCUUCCUUUCAAGCUUCCGUUGAAAGAGACCAGAAGAAUCAAAAUUCAUCCGUGGAGAAAUCAUGGCCACGUGCUUGCGGUUGCCCAUGGCGUCCUCAAUUCCAUGUUCUUCGUCUUCAUCGAUGACGCUGAAACACCGUAGCUUCAACAUUCGCUGUGCAGCCUAUAGCAAUAGCAGUUCAAACAUUCCGAUGCCUCCUUUUAACCCUAAGGACCCAUUUCUAAGUAAGCUUGCCUCUGUUGCUGCAAAUAAUCCAGACGCACUCUUCUCUCGGCCUCAAAAUUCUGAUAUGCCGCCAUUUUUGGACAUUUACGACUCCCCUAAGCUUAUGGCUACUCCUGCUCAGGUGGAGAGAUCAGUAUCAUACAAUGAGCACAGAGCCAGUACACCUCCACCAGACUUGCCCUCUAUGUUGCUCCAUGGUAGAAUAGUUUAUAUUGGCAUGCCGUUGGUGUCAGCAGUCACAGAGCUUGUGAUUGCAGAGUUGAUGUACCUACAGUAUAUGGAUCCUAAAGCGCCAAUUUAUCUAUACAUAAAUUCUACUGGGACUACCCGUGAUGAUGGUGAAACGGUUGGUAUGGAAGCAGAAGGUUUUGCAAUUUAUGAUUCCAUGAUGCAACUUCAAAACGAGAUACACACUGUUGCAGUUGGUGCUGCCAUAGGUCAGGCAUGUCUAUUGCUUGCAGCUGGUACUAAGGGCAAAAGGUUUAUGAUGCCACAUGCCAAAGCCAUGAUUCAACAGCCCCGUGCACCAUCAUCUGGAUUAAUGCAGGCCAGCGAUGUUUAUAUCCGGGCAAAGGAGGUAAUCGUUAACAGAGACACACUAGUCAAGCUUUUGGCUAAACAUACUGAAAAUUCGGAAGAGACUGUUUCCAAUGUUAUGAGAAGACCAUAUUACAUGGAUUCUAUCAAAGCUAGAGAAUUUGGCGUUAUUGAUAAGAUUCUUUGGCGUGGCCAGGAGCAGGAGCAGAUUAUGGCAAGUGUUGAUGCACCAGAGGUGUGGGACAAUAAGGCAGGCAUCAAAGUUGCUGAUGCUAUUUAGGUCCUUUCAAUAUAUAAUCUGAUGGGAAUAUUGACGGAAGCAUUUCAACCGUCAAGGGGACUGAAACUCUUGUUCAUUUCACAAGAAAAGAGUGUUACCAAAUGAGAGAAUUCUGGUUUGAGCAAAUCUUGAAAUGUACACACUCGCUGUAGCUCUCCAAGAUUAUACAAGUAUCAUGAUGAGAUACUACAUAGUAACCAAGAAUAGGAUUUUUGCUUUGGAUAAAAAGCAUUGUACACAAAUUGUUGUCGUUUUCUGAAUUUGUGAGUGAGUCACACAAUUAUUAGCUCAUGGGCAAAUCUUUUUUUCUUUCUA